GCGAUGUGGCUGCGCAUUCGCAAAAUCUCUGGGGAGGAGGUGGCCAGCUUGGAGACCACCGAGCUCCUGGAUGGCGAUGUCAGGACCCUUAAGGUGCAUCUCGAGCCUCGGCUUGCCGCCUCGCGCUUCCGGCUGCGCUUGCUCCGCCAGGGAGACCUCCUGGAGGACUGCCAGAAGCUCUCGGAUUUGGGCCUCUUCCUGGACCUCCAGGUUGUGAUUCUGCAGUUCUGUGAGGCUGCGGCGGAGGAGGUUCAAGCGCUUUUGGCUGCCAGUCGUGAGGACUUGGCGGAGAGAAUGGAGAUGCUCUUGGAGCAACCAUUGGAUCCCAACCUUGCCGACGACGAUGGGGACACACCCCUGGCCACCGCUGCCCGCAAUGGCAGCAGCGACUGUGCACGGCUCCUCCUGGAAGCCGGCGCGGACAGGGACAGGGCCUUCCGAGGAGCCAGCCCGCUCUGGUUAGCAGCUGCAAGGCGCCAUGCAGAGACUGUGAGAGUGCUGGUGCACGCGAGCGCCGAUAUUGAUCUGACCUACGAAGGUGCUUCUCCCCUCUGGUUUGCAGCACGGAAAGGUCAUGUGGAUGUUGUCCAGCUGCUCCUGCAGGCCGGUGCAAAUAAGGAAAAGACAAGCAUCUCGGGUAUCUCGCCUCUGUGGAUUGCUGCUGCAAAAGGCCACUUGGAAGUCGUCCGCUUGCUGCUUCAUUCCGACGCAGACAUGGAAAAGACGCCUUACCUGGGCACGACCCCGAUUCAGAUCUCCAUUGCGAGAGGCCACUUGGAAGUGGCACGUCUUUUGCAGGGCACCAAGGAGGUCGACCUCGACGAGGAAUCUGCAGCAGAGCCUGGCUUCGGUUAUCUGGACGCGGAGCGACUGCUGCAGAAAGCCGCGCGUGACGCACCCGGCGGAAUCCAAAGCUCGGCCUUCCGGGUGGCGUUGAAGAGGCCACGGCGCCACUGGGCCUUGUAG